AUGGUUUAUCUAUACAAAGCUAGAAUACAAGUUACUCUUGAACCUAGAAACAAGAUCAAUAGGCUACGAAUAGCUUAUAUAUAUUUACAAGAAGUAUUCUUUGAUUUGAAUGAUCUAUUAAUCUAUUUACUGGAUUGUCAAAGAGCAUGUCUUGUGAACUUUGAAGAAAAUACGCCCUAUUGGGGCUAUUCCGAUAUGUGGUCGGAUAUUCUAUCUGCUUGUGUCUCGGACAAAGACAAAGUACCCGAACUUGUACUACAGACCAAUAUUGAGUGGAUACUUUACAGUAAUAAGUUUGCCAUACCUCACCUUGCCUUGUCUUUUGUACCGAAAACUCCUCGUAAAAGAAAGGCCACUGUAGUCGUUCCCUAUGGGAAAAUAAAUGUAUCAUUUUUUAAAAAAAAACACGAGGUAGACCGGCUGUUCCCAUUGGGACAGUUUAAGAAGAAAUAG